UGCCUGCAGUAUCGGUGCCUACAGAUGAUGAUGGAGACGGGAGCAGCGGCCUCGCCAUCAAGCCCAUCCGGAGGAGGAAUUAAGGCGCGCGGGGAGUGAGACCAAGUGUCGACAAACUUUCGGAUGGGGACACGGAAACGUGCACCUUUCACAUCUGGCACACCGAGAGAUGCUCCGCGGCGGCGGCCAAACGCGAGGGAGCGGCGGGCUGUGCCGCUCCGGUCGGGGUGUUCCUCAGUUUGGCAGCGCUCCUGCGAGCACUGUGGAGGCGAUUUAGGGAAGACAUCCACUGGGUAAAUAUCACGACCCCGGUCCGUUUUCGACACCACCGUGGAUCCGACGGGCAGAGGUGAAGAGAUCCCCCUUUAAAGGGUGGAGCUGCGGUUUGUUUAAUAAAUGAUGAGGGAUUCCGCUCGUCACUCUCAGCCUAAUUGUGAAAGGUUGAUUUGAUGUUUAUGUGUGACACUGAUCCUCAACCACAGCGCCUUGUUUUGGUGUGUGAACAAUGACACAAGUGAUGCUAUGGUGAGAUGAUGUCCGCUGGCUGCUGCGGGACGACCCCGAGCGUCCACGUCUUGCGCCCUGGCAGCGGCUCUCCAUGGAGGCUGUUUAUGCAAUCCGACGCAGUGUUGCAAGUGGGCUGAAUUGAUGCUACUCUCUCCAUGUGAUAUGAUCCCCAGAACUGCCAGGCCUUUGUGUUUCUGUGAAAUAUGCUCGGGCCUUGUGUGAAACAUAAAGUGAAGGAGCUGUCACUGCGCGGGGAUGCUCUGAUCAAAAGGGGCCCUUUCUGGAUUUAAGGCGUAAAAACGCGGAGGGAAAGCCAUCACAGCGACCAUGUCGAAAGUUGUGAGUAACAAGGAGAAGAAAUCCUUCAGUAAAAAACUCUUCCGGAGAAGCUCUGUCCGCUCCGUUGGGAGCUUUAUGAACAGAGUUCUCCGGACUCUCUCGACUCUGUCUCAUUUCGGCACCGACGAGCAGGCCGCCGAGGAUGAGAAGGACGACGCGACUCUGAUCCCGACCACCACCGGAGGGUCAGUCCCGUCCGACGACAGCGACUGCGGGGGUUUCCCCUUCGGAGACAAGGUGCCGGGUGUCGCCGGACUCAAGAACCACGGCAACACCUGCUUCAUGAACGCUAUCUUGCAGUGCCUGAGCAACACGGAGCUCUUCGCAGAGUACCUGGCUUUGGAGCAGUUCAAAGGGGGAGACACGAGCAGCAGCAGCAACGACAAGGCCAAGUCCAACGGGGUGCUGGUGCAGAAGAAGGGGAGCCAGCAGCAACAGCAACAGCAGCAGCAACAGCAGGAGGCUGGGGAGGUCACUGAGCAGCUGUCCGGGCUGGUUCGGGCUCUGUGGACCUUUGAGUACACACCUCAGCACAGCAGAGACUUCAAGAAUGUGGUGUCCAGGAGCGCCCUUCAGUUCAAGGGUAACUCCCAGCACGAUGCCCAGGAAUUCCUCCUCUGGUUGCUGGAUAGAGUUCACGAAGACCUCAACCAUAUCGUCCACCCUGACAUCAGACCCCCCAGGAAGCCUCCAGUAGAAGAGGAAAGUGCCCCUGAAGGAUCUCCACUACCAGCACCUGGCUCUUUUGUACAGGAGUUGUUUCAGGCACAAUACAGGUCCUCCCUGACUUGCCCUCACUGCCAGAAACAGAGCAACACCUUUGAUCCUUUCCUCUGCAUCUCACUGCCAAUCCCGGUACCUCACACACGGCCCUUGUAUGUGACAGUGGUGUACCAAGGAAAGUGCUCCCACUGCAUGAGAGUCGGCGUGGCGGUGCCUCUUUCUGGCACUGUGUCCAGACUGAGACAAGCUGUGGCCCAAGAGACCAAAAUCCCUGCCCAACAGAUCGUCCUCACUGAAAUGUACUUCGAUGGCUUUCAUCGCUCCUUCUGUGACGACGACGACGACCUUGAGAUCAUUCAGGAGAGCGACUCCAUCUUUGCCUUUGAGACACCUGAGCUAUUCAGACCGGAGCAGAUCCGCUCCAAGCGAGGCGGGAGCCCACAUGCAAAUCUCAACCAGAACAAUCUGAAGUAUGGCACAGAUAAUAACAGGAUAUCCACACAAAUACAAGAGCCGACAACCCCGCCUCUGAGUCCCAAUAAGAACAGCGAACAGGCUGAGAAGAUUGUCCUUUUGGUGUGUAACAGAGCUUGUGCCGGACAGCAAGGACGCAGGUUUGGCAAUCCAUUUAUUUUGUAUUUGGAGCGCACAGUAACAUGGGAUGUGCUUCAGAAAGAGAUCUUGGAGAAGAUGCGGCAUCUUCUGCGCCCUGGAGUCUUUGUGCAGGUGGGGCCCUUCACUUUGCGUGUGGUAGGAGUGGUUGGAAUCACAUAUCUCUUGCCUCAGGAGGAGCAGCCGCUCUGCCAUCCCUCUGUGGAGAGGGCAUUCAAGUCGUGCGGUCCUGGAGGGCCACCUCAUGUCAAAAUUGUUGUCGAAUGGGACAAGGAGACAAAAGACUAUCUGUUCAAAAGAACUGAGGAUGAGUACAUCCCCGAUGCUGAGAGCGUGCGUCAAGUAAAGGAGCAACACCUGCAGCCUCAGACCUGCUCGCUCGCCCAGUGCUUUCAACUCUACACCAAAGAGGAGCAGCUUGCUCCUGAUGAUGCAUGGCGAUGUCCGCACUGUAAGCAGCUUCAGCAGGGCAGCAUCAAGCUCAGCCUGUGGACCCUGCCAGACAUCCUCAUACUGCACUUGAAACGCUUUAGACAGGAUGGGGAUCGACGAAUGAAGAUGCAGAACAUGGUGAAGUUCCCGCUCACAGGCAUGGACAUGGCACCCCAUAUGGUAAAGAGAAGCCAGAGCAGCUGGAGUCUCCCCUCCCACUGGUCGCCGUGGAGACGGCCUUACGGGAUGGGCCGUGACCCAGAGGAUUACCUUUACGACCUGUACGCCGUGUGUAACCAUCAUGGGACCAUGCAGGGAGGACAUUACACAGCUCACUGUAAGAACUCCAUAGAUGGACAGUGGUAUUGCUUCGAUGAUAGCGAUGUUCAUCCCAUAUCUGAAGAUGACGUUUGCAAGCAGACUGGUUACAUCUUGUUUUAUCAAAGACGUGCCACAAUUCCAUCUUGGUCUGCCAACAGCUCUGUGGGAGGAUCCACCAGUUCCUCUUUGUGUGAGCACUGGAUCAGUCGGCUGAUGGGUAGCCGUCCACCUAGCCAAGCCUCUUCUGGUUCCUCCAGACGCACCUCGCUGGCCUCCCUCUCUGAGUCAGCUGAGUUUGCUGGUGAACGGAGUGAGGAUGAUGGUGGCUUAUCGAGCCGGCCAGCAGUAAGGGGCAUGCAAAGACAGACGUACUCCUCAAGAUCUUCCAUCGCCAGCCCGCUGGUGCUCAGUGAAAAUGGCACCAAACCAUCCUGGUCCCACUCUGCUAAGCUACAACUCCGUUCCAACUCUCCCUCCCGCUUCUCCCUGGAAUCCCACUCCUCUUCCCCGACACUGGAGAGAAUUGGGGAGGUGGUUGAUACCAAGCUGUCGACCUCCUGCUUCCCUGGGUCACCUAAGACAGACAAAGUGUCUGGGGGCAAGUCAGCCCUUGCAGCUUUGGAUAGCAAUCCAGGCAGUAAGAGGCUAAUAGAGCAGGUUCACUCCAAGGCUGUGGCUCAGGCAGAGCAGAAGACCUCCACCCUGGCUGCGGACAACAACAAUGUCGUCGCUGCUUCCGAACAGGUGAGUCCUCGACAUGGGGCAGCUGCGAAGGAGGCGAAACAAAGAAAUGGGUCUGCAGAGAGCAUUGGUGUUAAAAGGACCACAGCGAGUCCCAAGAAGCGUCCCGCCACCUCCUCGACGUCAUCCAGCUCCCUGUCUCCUGCGUCCCCAGCCGUUGACAAGUUACCAUCUCGAGGUCAGACGAAGGGCACAGCAUCGGUAUCAACCCCAAAGGACAAAAGCGAAGGACCACCUAAAACUAGCAAGGCAGGUUCCUCGAGAACAGCAACCCCCUCCAAGAAAGGGUCAUCCCAAACCCCGGAGGUGUUAUAUCCUGACUCUGCCCAACAGAGGAAGAGUGGUUCUCCUGGGUCACAAAGCUCCCACCCUCAAAGGAGGACAUCACCCAGAGGGGGAGGCGAGAAAAGCUCAGCCUCAGGAAGGACUAAAGCAGCAGACAGGAGCACUAGCCGUGAUUCCUCACGGACUAACUCGGUCUCGGAGAAGAAGGUUAACCACAGCGGUCCUCCCUCAAGGUCGGGUGCUGCUAGCAGAGCGGAGGGCAGGCCGGGCCGUACUGCGGAAAACAGGGCGCCGGGCCGGAGCUCAAGCAGUAGCUCCUCCAUGGCUAGUCUUCGAUCGUCAAGUGUAGGUGUUUCCUCUGCGAGUGCAGCCCCCCCCUCGAGGGCGCCUCGAAGGAACAGUAAGACAGAGGACAAAGGUUUGUCCUUCUUUAAAACAGCUCUGAGGCCCAAAGAGACCCGUAAAUCAGCCGAUGGUGGGAAGGCAGGGGUGGGAGAUGCUAAAGCAAGCUCAGAGGAGGGUGGUGGGGAUGCAGCUAGAGAGGGAAACCCCAAGAAAGCCCAGAAUGUGGCCUCAGAGGCCCAGACUAAUGUGACCACAGCCAAAGACAAGGAAUCAUCCAAGGUGUCCACUGCAGCUAAGCAUUCACUGCUGCCCUCCACAAAGUCGAAGCUCUCUGGAGCAGAAACGACCACCCAAUCCUCUGCCAAUGCAAAAGAACCUUCGAAGAAAGAGCCUGCUAAAAAGACAAUGCAGUCCAGGAAGAUCCCCAUCAACUCUACACAAACUAGCCAGAGGGCCAAGUGACAUUAUUUCAAAGGCCUGAUAACAAUCUCUCUAGUGCAGCUCUGAGGUGUCUUUUUUUAACCAUCCAAACCAGACCCAGCGUCUGACAAACAUCUUUAAAGCACCUGUAGCUUCUUCAGUGGUUACUGAAUACCAGCUGCCAUACCGGACACUUCCUGUCCACAUUGUUAAAUAGUUAUUUAGGAAUGGAUUUUAACGAAGCACUUUGUAUGGAUUGCAUUGAUUUUGAGAAAUAUUAUACUGUAUUGUAAAUAAGCAUGGACUGCACAUGUAUUGAAAUUAUUGCCUUGUUCUGUCUGUAGCAUAGCUGGGAGAAGUCCAUCUUCGGUAGGAGGUGAAAAUAAAAGUGACUUUGCACAAGAUGGAAAGCGGAUAUAAUGGUGGCAAGCAACUUUUGCGAUACAUUAAGCACGGACUCCUCAGUCACCAAAGGAAGUUUACCGGCAAUUUUUAACGUGCUGAUGCAGUGAAACACUGAAUUAUUUCCAAAAAUCUUUAUGUACAGCUCUCCGUCAGUAUCGAGAGCCAUAUGUCGACAAACAUCAGUGCCUCAGAUAAUCAAAAUAUUUAAUCUAAAUUGUAUAACUGCAGGUGUUGGUAAAUUUAUAAUUCAAUUUUAAUAUUUAUUAAGCACUGAAAAAUGUUAUUUCAAGUCAAACACAAUUAAGCCUAUUUAACCUGAACCGCUGUUUACAUACGCUCCUUGAUGUAGUAAUUGUGCAACAGCCUUUAAGACGUAUUUUUGUGCAGCCAGAAUGGAGACAGUCGUCGAGAGGCCCCGCUGGGUGCAAAAGCGCAGGAAUGCAGCAUGUGUCGUUGGUGUUAAAUGUCUGAGACGUCGGUUUGUAAUGGUUCUUAAAUGUUUGUGUUUUUAUUUACCAGUGAAUAACCUGUUACCCCUCAGACAAACCUCCCGUCCGUCACCACCUCUGCCCUCCAGCUGCUGAUACCCACACUUAACUGCGUUCCUGUUCCUCAUGGGGAUCAGCCUCUUCAGACUGCCAGACAUCUCCAAACAUUCCUCUCAGAUGAACACAGGGUUAAUGUAAAAAGCCACCACGCACACACACACACUCAAAGACAGCUGGGAUGCCUUCUUUGAAAAAAUAUGUACAUAGAGCAUUAUGGUAUGUUUGAGUCAUCUUCUGUCUUCACGUGCGACAUCACAGCUUGUGCACAUCUUUAGCUUGCAUCACAGAGUAGGUCAGAGCCGAACGCACUGACACAGGCCUGAGAAAAAGAGAUCACCGCUCAUGAAGUAUACGACAGUUGUUGCAUGACGAAUUGCUUAUGCAUGCACUUAACUAUGCAAGCAGAUUCUUGCUAAUGCCCACACUGAGUAUGUAGACGUGCUACUCUUGGAAGUGUAUAUAUUUCUAACUGUAUAUUUUUCCAAAUGCCAGCAUCAGAGAGCAUGUUAAGGCAUCCUUUAUCGAAGCUUUGUUUGCACAUUUUCUUCAAAGUAAUAUACAUUUUGUAUGAAUGAUAAGUAUUGCUCAUUCACUCCUCUCAAAGUAAAUCAACUCACUUGCAAAGGAACGUUUUCUGUAUUCUUUUGUCUCACGUUUUUCUCUCACAAUUUCCGACCUUUAACGACUUUUAGAGUUUUUAUACAGCAACAGAACAUUGCUGCAGUUUACAAGUUGUGGUGUAACGUUCAUUUAUCGUGUUAUUUUGGACAUUAGAGCUAAGAAAUUCAAAUUGCACUGGUCCAAAGACAGUGUUUUAUACUAAUGACAGGCUUGUUGUCUGCUUCUAAAUAUUUACAUUUUGACAGGUUAGGAUCAUGAAAGACAAAAUGUUGAACCACUCUGUCUUAUGUUUUUGUCUUAAGAUCCAAAAAAGUAACAAUGUGCAAUAUCUACUCUCAUAUUUUAUAUUGUUUUUAAUUAAAUUCUUGUAUGAUCAAACCUCAAGCCUGUCCCAAAAUAUGUCAGAUAAACGGCCCAUUUUCCACUGUGAAAUCUGCCCUGGAAGGCAUCAUUACAUGAUUUUGUAACAGGAGUCCCACCCAAAUGCAAAUGUAGUAAUGACAGUUGUAAUUAUAUACAUCAGAGUUAUAGAUUUACUGAAUGUCAGAGUUGAAGUGAAGGAGGAGCGUUCAUCAGUAACCCACAAACCACAUAGGAUUUAACUUCCUGGCGUAUGAUGCAGAAUAAGAUAUGUUAUUUUUAGUGCCUGGUGGCUACAGUGUGCUGAUACUGUGCUCUUACAUCCAACACAUGCAGUAUAUAAACUGACAUAUGUUUGUCAUAUCAACAAUAAGUGAAACUUUGUGUGUUGAUAAAAUGAAAGUAACAAAAUGAUGUGAGGAAUUUAUUUUCACAGAUGCAUGGGAAUUAUGAGACUUUUUUAUUUUUUGGGUUUCUGUGAUAUGAUUUAAUGUUUGUUAUGUACUGUGUUCAUCUUUUGACGGGGGAGGGUCGCUGUGUGUGUUGGCAUUGAUUUCACAAUGCAAGACAAACAAAAUAAAAUUAUGUCAUUCAGGA